ACUCCAACCUGCUCAUCCUGCUCGCCCUGUACCAGAGCGACAGAGCUUCUUUUCUCUGAAUAUACACAUUUUGUAUUACACUACAAGCCACUACAGGCUUCUGCGAUACAUAUAACAGGACGACAACCGCCUGUCGAUAACGCGCCACCAGCAACACCAUGGCUUCAGACGACCUAGUAUGGUCCAUUAUCGGCACCGACUUUUGCAGUUACAAGCUUAAGACAACAAAAGACCAGACUUUUUGCAGAAACGAGCACAACGUAUCAGGUUACUGCUCAAAGCAGUCCUGUCCUCUUGCAAAUUCUCGAUACGCCACGAUCCGCUCCGACCCCGCGACCGGAAAUUUGUACCUUUACAUCAAAGCCAUUGAACGCGCUCAUCUUCCCUCGCAAUGGUGGGAGAAGAUAAAACUUCCCAAGAACUAUGCUCAAGCGCUCGAGCUUGUAGAUCAACACCUUGCCUACUUUCCCAAGUUCCUGGUUCACAAGAACAAGCAGCGCCUCACUCGCUUGACUCAAGUGAACCUGCGAAUAAGGCGGUUAGCCAAGGAAGAGGAGCGCCUCGGAGAAAGACUUGUGCCUAGGCUCGCACCCAAGGUUCGCCGACGAGAGGAGGGCCGAGAGCGCAAGGCACUUGCUGCCGCAAAGGUCGAGCGCGCGAUUGAGCGAGUACUGAUUGAACGUCUGCGCAGCGGUGCGUAUGGUGACCGACCCAUCAAUGUUGAGCCCAACGUGUGGAAACGAGUUAUGCGUGGCCUGGAGAAAGAAGGCCAACUUAAGGGAGACCAAGACCUCGACGACGGUAUUGAGGAUGAGGAUGAGGAUAAUGAGUACGAGCAGGAGAUGGAGAACGGUGUUGGAGAGGUUGAGUAUGUCAGUGACAUUGAAGGCGAAUCAGACGACGAGAUGGAAGACUUUGAGGAUUGGAUAGGAGGCCAGAGUCCAGACGACGGCACGAGCGGUGAGGAUGAGGAGAGCGGUGGCGAUGAAGAGGAAGAAGACGGGUCUGAAGACGAAGACACGGCGGCGCUUAAGAAAACUCUGGCCAAUCUCAAACGCAAGCGUCCCGCCGGCCCACCAUCAAAACCCAAGAAGAAGCCUUCAAAGGACUCAAAGGGCCCCAAACGGAAGAUCGAAUACGAAAUGGAGGGUGCGCCGGCAAGAGAGGCUGUGCAGAUUUGAUACCCAUAUGGUUAUCCUGUUGGCGUUUGAGUUUGCCAUUGUGAGAACAAGGGCACAAUGGAUUGGUGCAACAUGUCUCACAAUGGCUAACAGAGCAAAUUAUAUAACAAAAGAUUUCAGUUCCA